GAUUUAAUACCCUGUGCGGAUUACAAAGACUCCGUAACCAAACAGUUCUUCAUGCGUAGUACGCGAACCCUAGGAUUGCUUAAACCCCUCAUCACUCUUCUUCCGCAGAAUCUCCGUAUCCGUAUGAACACUACAACAGCAAUGUCUGCUUCCAGAAUUUUUUCCAAAUUUUCCAAAUCUUUUUCGCUCAAAUCUCUCAAUGGAAAAUCAGCCGCAUCCCUUCCUAAACCUUUAAAUCAGUCCAAACGCAUUUCAGCCAUUUCCAGAUUACCGGUGGAGGUGAGGUGCUUGGUUUCAAUGAUGCCACUGCACAGUGCGAUAGCUUCGGCUCGCCUGAGAUCGAUCCUCUCUGCAGAGUCUCAGAGCUGGGGUUUAAUUCCUCAAGGUAUUUCCUCACCUUUAUGAAAUCUCCUCUGUCCCAGCUUGCCGCCGGAUGGGGUAUCAUAUCACAAAAUCAACCUCAACAGAUUUUGUUUUUCUGCUUCAGACUCGUGUUUUUCUGUUAAUUGCUCAAUGAGAAGCCUUGUAUGCAAUUAGAAAAUGAAUUUUCUUUCAAUUUUUUCAAUCGAGAACUGAAGGGUUGAUGAAUAAUAGUUCCAUAUUGAACUCUGUCACUGAACUACAUGCUCUUGGUGAGGAAGUAUAUGCAGAUUAUUAGGUUUGAUGUUGGGUUA